AUGCCUCCGAAAAAGACCGACAAAGGCCCCAGCAAGAAGCUGGACGCCAAGAAAGCCGUCGAUGACAAGACCUUUGGCAUGAAGAACAAGAAGGGCGGCGCGGCCCAGAGGCAGAUCUCGCAGCUGCAGUCACAGAUGAAGGCCGGAGGCAACGCCGAGCAAAAGAAGAAAGAGGCCGAGAGGGCACAGCGCGAGAAGGAAAAGAAGGCUGCAGAGGAGGCAAAGAGGGAAGCCGACCUGCUGCUCAACAAGCCCGCCCAGAUCCAGAAGGUGCCCUUCGGUGUCGAUCCAAAGACCGUCCUCUGUAUCUUCUACAAGAAGGGUAACUGUGAGAAGGGGAAGAAGUGUAAGUUCUCACAUGAUAUGGAGCUAGACCGGAAGACGGAAAAGAAGAGUCUGUACACAGACACGCGCGCAGAAGAGGAGGAGAAGAAGAAGGCCGAAACCUCGGCCGACUGGGACGAAGACAAGCUGCGCUCCGUCGUCCUGUCCAAGAAAGGCAACCAGCGGACAACCACCGACAAGGUCUGCAAGUACUUCAUCCAGGCCAUCGAAGAUGGCAAAUAUGGCUGGUUCUGGAUCUGUCCCAAUGGUGGCGAUAAGUGCAUGUAUAAGCAUGCUCUUCCGCCAGGCUUCAUACUCAAGACCAAGGAGCAGAGGGCAGCGGAGAAGGCCAUGAUGGACAAGUCGCCGCUCAAGACUCUGACGCUCGAGGAAUUCCUCGAAUCGGAGAGGCACAAGCUAGUUGGCACACUCACCCCCGUCACCCCGGAAACGUUUGCCGAAUGGAAGAAGAAGCGAAUGGACAAGAAGGCCGCGGAGGAGCAAGCUCGAAAGGCCAAGGAAGCCACAGGAAGGACGCUCUUUGAGAGCGGGAAUUGGCGUGGGGACAGCGACGAUGAUGCCUCGGAUGACGAGGAUAGCGAUGUGUGGAAUCUGCAAAAGAUGCGUGAGGAGACUGAGCGCAUACGGCAGAGGAAGGAGGACGAGCGGUUGGCGAAGGAAUAUGGCAUUCCUUACCUCAACGGAGAGCCAGUAUCCGGCGAUACUACUACGGAAGAGGCUGCUCAGGCUGCCCGGCCCCCAGAGGCCCCGGCGGCACCGGAGUCCCCGGAGGCCUCGAAGGACACGGAAGCCACCGCUGCCACCUGA